AUGCUAGAAUCCAAGGGAGUAUCUACAUCCCUGUCUCUAUCAACUACGUUCUCUGCUACAUCUGGUUCUGCUCUUUCAGAUCCAUCUACCUUCAGGAGCAUUGUUGGUAUGUUGCAAUACUUAAUGAUUACCCAUCCCGAUAUUGCCUUUGUGGUUAAUUGGGUCUCACAAUUCAUGCACAAACCCACUACAGAACAUUGGACUGCUGUAAAAAGGUUGCUUCGCUAUCUUAACUCCACCUCGACAUUUGGGCUCCGGUUUCAACCUUCCUCUACUCUCCAACUCUUUGUUUAUUCGGAUGCGGAUUGGGCUUGCAACCCUGAUUACUGCAAAUCCUCUAGUGGUUAUGCUAUUUUUCUCGGGACCAAUCUUAUUUCUUGGGCUUCUCAUAAGCAACACACCAUUGCCAAAUCUUCUAUUGAAGCGGAAUAUUGCUCUUUUGCCACCGCAACUACUGAAUUAACAUGGAUUCAAUCUUUGCUUGGUGAAUUGGGUAUAUUUCUCCCUGUGCCUCUCAUUUUGUGGUGUCAUAAUGCAGGGGCAACCUACCUGACUGCUAAUCCUAUCUUCUUUCACUCCAGAACCAAACAUUUAGAAGUGGAUUUUCAUUUUGUUCGUGACAAGGUGGCCAGUCAUAAUUUGGAGAGUUCGCGUUCUGUGCCCCCAUGGGUGCACUGGACGAGUGAACCUGUGAAUCAGAGUCCUCCAUGUCAACCAGGAGAAGGAAUGCAUACCGUUAAUGUUCUAAGUGCCGUUAGUCGGGUUUGGCAAUUCAACCAAUGA